CGGUCGCGGCGACGCCGGGGAUCCGCGGCGGGGGAUCGGAUCCCGCGGCACACAUACAUGCCUCGAUGGACCAGCACGCCGACUCCUCCCCCUCCUCCUCCUCCGAGCCGCGGCGGUCGGUGAAGCGGCGCCCGCCGGCCGGAUCGCCGGAGCUCUCGCCGCGGGCCGCGGGCGGGGAGGCGGCGGAGCUGAUCCGGCGCCUGGAGGAGCUGGAGUCCACGGCCGCGCGGCUGCGGGGCGAGAAGGAGGCGCUGGAGGACUCGGCCCGCGGCCUGCAAGGCGAGCUGGAGGCCGAGCGCGCCUCCGCCGAGACGGCCGCCAGCGAGGCCAUGCUCAUGAUCGAGCGCCUGCAGCGCGAGAAGGCCGCCGCGCAGAUGGAGGCGCGCCAGUUCAAGCGCUACGCCGAGGGCCGCGCCGACCACGAGCGCGAGGUGCAGGAGGAGAUCGCCUCGCUCUCCGACCUCGCCGCGUCAUACCACUCCCGGCUCCAGUCCCAUGGGAUCGACCCCGACACCUUCUCCGACGAGGAGGACGAGGAGCUCUACGAGGAGCAGCGCGGCCAUCUGGAGCACAGCGACCUGCUAAGCAGCGCCAUGGUCGCGCCAGAGGAAGAUGCAAACGGCGGCGACUUGCUGAGCAGCGCCAUGGACGUCAAAGCCAUGGUCGACGAGGAGGAACAAGAGCAAUCUAUUGCCCCCGUGGAGAAAGAGUUCGAGUACACGGUGGAUGUCAGGUGCGCGAGCCCAACGAUGGCGGCCGUGGCGGUGGUGGGGGAGUACACUGGGGACGAUGUAGCUGGCAAUGCUGAGGGUUUAUAUGCCAGGGUAGAGGCGCUGGAGGCGGACAGAGCAGCCAUGCGAAGAGAGAUGGCGGCGCUGCGGGCGGAGAGAGCGCAGCUGGUCAUGGCCAGGGAGAUGGCACGGCGGCUCUGCUGGGAGGUGGUUUCUGAGCAAAAAAGCGAUGUGAAGAAGGCGGUUGUCCCAGCAAGGAGCUUCUCGGCGUUAGGAAUUUGCAAGUGGGUGCUCUCAAUUAUCUUUCGGAGAAGAAGUUCUACCGUCAGGUAUACCUUUGGCUUGUCAACUACGUUCCUUGGCCUCCUGCUGCUCCUUGACAGAUCCACCAUGUUGAGUCCAUGGCGACGUCUUCCUAGGCCACAGCGAUGACCACGGCCUUCUCCAUCCCAUAUCCAAACACCUGUAAAUGCAGAACUUUGAGUGGAUUGUUAUCACUCUAUUUUGCGCAUGUAUUGCAUUCAUUGAUGAUCCAUUUCUUUUUGUUUGGUAUGGUAUAGUGUAUUUGAGAUGUAAGUUUUGGUUUUCAAGCUUCGAGCUUGUUGUAUAGUGUGUUAUUGAGACUACUAGGCUUGCAUAGCUGGUGUAAUCUGGAGUUAAACUGACAUACUCUGCAUAGUGCAUGUGACAGUGAGUUGUUGAAUCUGA